AAUUGGAGCCUGAGAGGUGACAGUGCUGACGCUACAAGGCUCGGAGCUCCGGGCACUCAGACAUCAUGAGUUGGUCCUUGCACCCCCGGAAUUUAAUUCUCUACUUCUAUGCUCUUUUAUUUCUCUCUUCAACAUGUGUAGCAUAUGUUGCUACCAGAGACAACUGCUGCAUCUUAGAUGAAAGAUUCGGUAGUUAUUGUCCAACUACCUGUGGCAUUGCAGAUUUCCUGUCUACUUAUCAAACCAAAGUAGACAAGGAUCUACAGUCUUUGGAAGACAUCUUACAUCAAGUUGAAAACAAAACAUCAGAAGUCAAACAGCUGAUAAAAGCAAUCCAACUCACUUAUAAUCCUGAUGAAUCAUCAAAACCAAAUAUGAUAGACGCUGCUACUAUGAAGUCCAGGAAAAUGUUAGAAGAAAUUAUGAAAUAUGAAGCAUUGAUUUUAACACAUGACUCAAGUAUUCGAUAUUUGCAGGAAAUAUAUAAUUCAAAUAAUCAAAAGAUUGUUAACCUGAAAGAGAAGGUAGCCCAGCUUGAAGCACAGUGCCAGGAACCUUGCAAAGACACGGUGCAAAUCCAUGAUAUCACUGGGAAAGAUUGUCAAGACAUUGCCAAUAAGGGAGCUAAACAGAGCGGGCUUUACUUUAUCAAACCUCUGAAAGCUAACCAGCAAUUCUUAGUCUACUGUGAAAUUGAUGGGUCUGGAAAUGGAUGGACUGUGUUUCAGAAGAGACUUGAUGGCAGUGUGGAUUUCAAGAAAAACUGGAUUCAAUAUAAAGAAGGAUUUGGACAUCUGUCUCCUACUGGCACAACAGAAUUUUGGCUGGGAAAUGAGAAGAUUCAUUUGAUAAGCACACAGUCUGCCAUCCCAUAUGCAUUAAGAGUGGAACUGGAAGACUGGAAUGGCAGAACCAGUACUGCAGACUAUGCCAUGUUCAAGGUGGGACCUGAAGCUGACAAGUACCGCCUAACAUAUGCCUACUUCGCUGGUGGAGAUGCUGGAGAUGCCUUUGAUGGCUUUGAUUUUGGCGAUGAUCCUAGUGACAAGUUUUUCACAUCCCACAAUGGCAUGCAGUUCAGUACCUGGGACAAUGACAAUGAUAAGUUUGAAGGCAACUGUGCUGAACAGGACGGAUCUGGUUGGUGGAUGAACAAGUGUCAUGCUGGCCAUCUCAAUGGAGUUUAUUACCAAGGUGGCACUUACUCAAAAGCAUCUACUCCUAAUGGUUAUGAUAAUGGCAUUAUUUGGGCCACUUGGAAAACCCGGUGGUAUUCCAUGAAGAAAACCACUAUGAAGAUAAUCCCAUUCAACAGACUCACAAUUGGAGAAGGACAGCAACACCACCUGGGGGGAGCCAAACAGGCUGGAGACGUUUAAAAGACCGUUUCAAAAGAGAUUUGCUUUUUUAAAGGACUUUAUCUGAACAGAGAGAUAUAAUAUUUUUCCUAUUGGACAAUGGACUUGCAAAGCUUCACUUCAUUUUAAGAGCAAAAGACCCCAUGUUGAAAACUCCAUAACAGUUUUUUGCUGAUGAUAAUUUAUCUACAUGCAUUUCAAUAAACCUUUUGUUUCCUAAGACUA